CUCUUGAGAUACUUUGAGAUUCAUAUAUAGAUAUAUAUCUAAGAACCAGAUCAAUCUGAAAAAUAUAAUAUUCCAAUGGGAAUCCAGGACCUCCAGAAUAGCAGUAUGGCAUGUUGACCGCUAGGCCACGGAUGUUGUCAAAUAUAAACUAUUAAAUUAUUUUAAAAACGACUCGAUGAAUGCGAAGAAGUUGCUGAAAGAGGCGCAGUUUCAUGGAUUGAAUAAACUGGAUGAUUCCAAAUGCAGGUGGAUAUGGACACUCUCACUGUUCCUGCUCUUAUUGGCAUCGUCAGCUAUAGUAGCCAGUAUAGUGUCGCGAUUCUUGAACCAGCCGACCUACAUCACCAGGUUGGAGAGGAUUUACACUAAAAUGGAAUUCCCAUCGGUGCAAGUCUGUCCGGAGAUCAGCUAUCCAGAUCAUAAGAUAGACGAGUUUCUAUCACAACUUGAUUACCCGCCUCAUUUGAACAUGAGCUAUGUGAAGACCAUCAUACAGCAACUGGGCGCAUUCUACUCCCCAGACGUGCCGUACACGGUGCGAGAGCUGGAGAGGAUCGAAUCAGUUCUGAACUUAAACGACAUCGAUGUGUACUUGGCUGCGAAGAAACUUACGGGUUCCUGCAAGGAGACAUUAUUGAGGUGCCGAUUGUUUGGAGUAAUGAGGACCUGCAGUAAAUUGUUUUCUUUGGAGAUAUCUCAGUAUGGAUUCUGUUGCGUUUUUAAUGGACGAUCGCUUCGGAGUGAGAUGAGAAAACACGGUGUUCGUAAAAAAGUCCCAAAGAGUGUCUACUACACCACUUCAGUGGGGUUCCGCUCUGGACUAAUACUUGCAAUCAACCAGAGUACUCCGCUGCUAGAUGUGGAUCUCACUUAUAAAUGGGUGUCAAUAGACGGUGGACACGCGUACAUAGACUCGACCGUGAAUGGCACACCCUUAUCUUCUGGCACGGAGAUGUGGCAAUCGCAUAGAGUGGACGGCAUGCACAUAGACGAGGGCGCAGCCAGCCUCAACACCGAGCUACGGGGGUGCAGGCUCCUUGAGGAGCCGCUCACCUACUUCCCUAUUUAUCAUAAGUAUCAAUUUGAAGUUUAA